AAGUGAAACGCAAGGUCACUUCCGGUUCAGUCACAGCCGGAAGUGGACAGCACUGGGAUCGGCAGGAGCUCCGCUGAUUAACCGCGAGGAUGGAGCCGCUAAUACUGGAGCCCUCUCUGUACACCGUAAAAGCAGUUCUUAUCAUGGACAAUGAUGGAGAAAGACUCUAUGCUAAGUAUUAUGACGACACCUACCCCACAGUUAAAGAACAAAAGGCCUUUGAGAAGAACAUCUUCAACAAGACGCACAGAACAGACAGUGAAAUCGCUCUGCUUGAAGGCCUUACUGUUGUUUAUAAGAGCAACAUAGAUCUGUACUUCUAUGUAAUCGGGAGCUCACAUGAGAACGAGCUGAUGCUCAUGUCAGUGCUGAACUGCCUGUUUGACUCCUUGAGUCAGAUGUUGAGGAAAAAUGUGGAGAAGAGGGCCUUACUCGAAAAUAUGGAGGGUUUAUUCCUGGCUGUGGAUGAGAUUGUAGAUGGAGGUGUGAUCCUGGAAAGUGACCCGCAGCAGGUGGUCCACAGAGUGGCUCUGAGGGGCGACGACGUUCCUCUGACAGAACAGACCGUCACUCAGGUUCUGCAGUCGGCGAAAGAGCAGAUUAAGUGGUCUUUACUGCGAUAGGACCAAUAAAAUCAAGAGUCCACCUUAAGAAGAACACGGAGCAUGUACCCCCACCUCCUCACAUCACUCAUACCUCCUUAACAAUUUUCUUUACACACUUUCCACACUUUUCUCUGUGCUGUGAAAAUACUGGUCCUGAGUCUUAUGAUAGAAGGACACAGGUCAGCUCACAUGGAGCCCUGAAGCAGUUUAUUAUUAAACAAUUUACUGUUCAGACUCCUUAUAAUACAGCUCUGAAAAAAACAAAAAUGAAGAGAGCACUUCAGUUUCUGAAUCAGUUUCUCUGAUUUUACGAUUUAUAGGUUUAUGUUUGAGUAAAAUGAACAUUGUUUUAUUUUAUAAACUACCUUUUUUUUACUUUCAGACGUCAAAUAAUGCAAAGAAAAAAACAAGUUCAUGUUCAUAAAGUUUCAAGAGUUCAGAAAUAAUCAAUAUUUGGUGGAAUAAUCCUGGUUGGUUUUUAAUCAGUUUUUUUUCAUGCAUCUCGGCAUCAUGUUCUCCUCCACCAGUCUUACACACUGCUUUUGGAUAACUUUAUGCUGCUUUACUCCUGGUGCACAAAUUCAGGCCACUUUGGCCACUUUGGUGGUUUGAUGGUUUGUGAUCAUCCAUCUUCCUCUUGAUUAUAUUCCAGAGGUUUUUAAUUUGGUAAAAUCAAAGAAACUCAUAAUUUUUAGGUGCACUUAUAUUAAUAUUUUUUUCAGAGCUGUAUAUUAAUGUAUUUUCAGGUAAAGGUAAGUCAGGUGUGUUAAAGUGUUUUACCACUGGAUCAGAGCCAGUUCCUCUUUUCUUCCAGUGGUUCAGUAAAUAAAGAGCCGGUUAUUAUUCUGUUUUUUUGUUUUUCUUGUUUUGUUUUAUUUUUUUUGGGUGAACUUGCCCUUUAAGGAAAAGUACCAGGGACUUUCUGAUUAUUCCAUUCCGGUUGGGGUUGAGUGUGUUUGUGUGUGAGAGAGAUAGAUAUCCACGCUGUACGAGAAACACAGUGUGAACAGUGAAUGUGAUUCAUGUACAUUCCAGUGGUCCGGCCGCCCAAACCCAUCCUGUAAUCCUGAAAUAAAACCCACUGUUUCCUUA